GGCCGUCAUUCGAGUUUCAACCGUGUUCGAGGUAACAUCGUGUCGACGGAUAACGUGGAAAAGUGACGCGAAUUUGCUCUCUUGUGGGAAUUUUUAUACGCUGAGAGGAACUCUCUCGCCGGAGAGAAGAAAAAACACCGAAAUAAAAGUAAAGGGAAACAAAAAUAGUUAUCGGUACGCCGCGUGUGUUUGUUUGUGUGUUUGAAUGUGAUGAUUAUUCUCCUCAUUGUGAGUUAAACAAGUGGAAAAGGAAAAAUUCAGAAAAAAAAUUAAAGUUAUACAGAUGUGUGUAUGUAUGGAUACAUACAUGCAUGAAUAAAGUUGGAUACGGAGAAUAAGAAGAAGAGAAGAAGCAGAAGAGCAAAAAGUUAUCUCUUACGGCGGUGGUACAACUCUACAUCUCUCUCCUAAAAAAUAAACAACAUUUUGUAAAAAUGUUUGACAUAUCAUUGCAGUUUUGACAAAUUAUUUAAAUCAACAACCAACCAAUACAACAACAACAAACUUCCAAUAAAAAUCAUGACCAAUUUAUCAAAGACUUAACGUAUAACCCAAAAACAAACUUAGUUUUUAAUAAAUCAAACAAAACUCCAAAUAACAAAGAGUGGCUCUCUUUCGCUCUAUUCAUCUCUCACCAAGCAACUCCCCAAAACAAAAAAUCACAACAACAGCAAUCGAAGAUAACAAAAGCAGAAAUUAAAAUACGCACAACAACUAUUUGUGGUGGGGUCUGUCUCUUGCUCUCCACAGUUGAUUUUUGUUAUUCUUUUUUUGUGUUUUAUUACACCCAAACCAGUUUGUUGUAAGCUGUGUCUGUGUCCGUCUCUCUCGCCUCCCCGUGUGUCCCUGUCUCUUCAUAAUUUGUGCUACGUGAAUAAAGUAAAGUGUCUCUCUCUGUGUGUAAACGUGUUUGUGUGCAAUGCCCCACUGUUAAAGUAAUAAAUAUUUUAACUGGAUACCACCUCCUACACCGAUUUCCACCCUCCCGGCCUAGAGCGGUGUUUUUGCAAAUAAAUUGAGAAAAAAAAAUAACAAAUAAUAACAACAAACACAAAACCCCUCAACAAACAACAACAACAAUCAUCAUCAUCAUUAGCAUCCAGAGAAAAAUUAUUGUCGAUUUAUGUGUGGAAGCGAAUAUAAGAAAUUAUUAACAACAAAACAGCAAAAAAAUGUUAAUAAAUAAACAUUAUUUAAAUGACUUGAAGUCUUCAAAAAUGUUGGCCGCCAACAACACCGCCAUCACCAUUACCGCCAUCUCUACCACCACCGAUUGCCCCACCAACAGCAGCCGCUCUUCUACGAACAAACAUAAAACCAAUAGCAAAAAUAGUAAUCCCACCCCAACCAUGACCACCAACACCCCCUCUACAAUGUUUACACAGCGGAUAAAACAGCAGCGGCAAACGCAGUUAUCCAUUGGAGGAACGUCAGCGCCAUCGUCUUUGUCGUUGCCGACGUUGCUGUCGUCAUUUCGUCGCUCUCUAUCAUUGUCGUCACCUCCAGUACCAACACAACGAAAUCUUCUCAUUGGAUUUAUUUUAACUAUUUUAUAUGUACAGUUUGGUCAUUGUGCCGAUUUAGAAAUAAGCAUACCCAACAAUCAGGGUAUAGACGGUGCCUUUUACCGUCUAGACUAUAGUCCGCCAUAUGGUUAUCCCGAACCAAAUACCACAAUCGCCUCCAAUGAAAUCGGCGAUGAAAUACAAUUUUCGCGUGCUUUACCCGGUACCAAAUACACGUUCUCGUUAUACUACACCAAUGGUACACAUCGUGAUUGGCCAACAUGGACGGUGUCUAUAACUACAGCACCCGAUCCACCCUCAAACCUCUCCGUUCAGGUGCGUAGCAGUAAAAAUGCCAUCAUUCAAUGGUCGCCACCGCUGCAGGGCAAUUACACUGCAUUUAAAAUCAAAGUUCUCGGCCUGUCAGAAGCUUCCAGUUCAUAUAAUCGAGUAUUCAAUGUCAAUGAUUCAACAUUCCAACACAGUGCUAAGGAACUGACACCGGGUGCCACAUAUCAGGUGCAGGCCUACACCAUAUACGAUGGCAAAGAAUCGGUGGCCUAUACAAGUCGAAAUUUCACCACAAUACGGAGAACACGGCAUAAAGAUUUACUGGACAUUAAAAUCUUAAGAGAACCCAAUACACCGGGUAAAUUCAUUGUAUGGUUUCGUAAUGAGACCACGUUAUUGGUCCUGUGGCAGCCACCAUAUCCUGCCGGCAUUUAUACACACUACAAAGUCUCAAUAGAACCACCAGAUGCCUUGGAAAGUGUUUUAUAUGUGGAAAAGGAAGGUGAACCACCGGGACCGGCACAGGCAGCAUUUAAGGGUUUGGUACCAGGUCGAGCCUAUAACAUCUCGGUACAAACCAUGUCAGAAGAUGAAAUAUCCCUACCCACCACAGCUCAAUAUCGCACUGUACCAUUAAGGCCGCUAAAUGUAACAUUUGACAAAGACUACAUAACGUCGAAUUCAUUUCGGGUACUGUGGGAGGCCCCCAAAGGAAUAUCAGAGUUUGACAAAUACCAGGUUUCACUGGCCACCUCAAGGCGACAGUCAACAGUGACGCGCACAGAUGAUCCCAUAGCAUAUUUCGAUUUCCGUGAUAUACCUGAACCGGGAAAAACCUUCAAUGUCAUAGUCAAAACAGUCUCGGGAAAAGUAACAUCAUGGCCUGCUACCGGAGAUGUAACUUUACGGCCCUUGCCGGUACGGAGUCUUCGAUCAUUCAACGAUGAUUCAAGCAAUAGCAUGAUCAUCACCUGGGAACCCGAUCCAACGUCCACACAAGAUGAAUAUCGUAUUGUUUACCAUGAAUUGGAAACUUUCAAUGGCGAUACCAGCACCCUGUCCACCGAUCGUACACGCUUCAAUUUGGAAAGUCUUUUGCCCGGACGCAAUUAUUCGGUAUCAGUACAGGCCCUUUCUAAGAAAAUGGAAUCCAAUGAAACUACGAUUUUUGUGGUUACUCGACCAUCCUCGCCCAUCAUUGAAGAUUUGAAGAGCAUUAAAAUGGGCCUCAACAUUAGCUGGAAAAGUGAUGUCAACUCCAAACAGGAACAAUAUGAAGUGCUCUACUCUCGCAAUGGCACCUCGGAAGUUCGGACUGUUUUCACCAAGGAAUCACGAUUGGUUAUCAAAAAUCUGCACCCUGGAGCCGGUUAUGAGGUUAAAGUGUUUGCCGUCAGUCAUGGUUUGAGAAGUGAACCACAUUCCUAUUUCCAGGCAGUUUAUCCCAAUCCUCCUCGCAAUCUCACCAUUGAAACGGUGCGCAGUAAUUCCGUCUUGGCCCAUUGGGCUCCACCCGAAAACAGUGACUUUACAGAAUACAAUAUACGUUAUCGCACCGAAAGUGAACAGCAGUGGGUACGAUUGCCCAGUGUUCGUUCGACGGAGGCCGAUAUCACUGACAUGACCAAAGGUGAAAAAUACACCAUACAAGUGAAUAGCGUAAGUUUUGGCGUCGAAAGUCCCAAUCCGCAAGAGGUAAACACAACUGUACCACCAAAUCCUGUCUCGAAUAUUAUACCCUUGGUGGAUUCACGUAAUAUUACCUUGGAGUGGCCUAAGCCAGAGGGUCGUGUAGAAUCAUACAUUCUCAAAUGGUGGCCCACAGACAAUCCUACCAAAACCCAAACGAAAAAUGUUUCCGAAAAUAAAUCAACCGAUGACAUUUCCACUGUACGAGUCCUCAUUGGGGACCUAAUGCCGGGAGUGCAAUAUAAAUUUGAUAUACAAACCACUUCGUAUGGAAUUUUCUCAGGCACCACUCAUCUCUCCACACGCACAAUGCCUUUGAUACAAUCCGAGGUGGUGGUGGUCAAUGACAAACAAGAGGAUGAACGCGAUACAAUUACCCUCUCCUACACACCCACUCCACAGUCAUCUUCGAAAUUCGAUAUCUAUCGUUUCUCAUUGGGUGAUCCUGAAAUCAAGGACAAAGAAAAGUUGGCCAAUGACACGGAUCGCAAAGUCACCUUUACCGGUUUGGUACCGGGUCGUUUGUACAACAUUACCGUCUGGACAGUGAGUGGCGGCGUUUCCAGUCUUCCCAUACAGAGGCAAGAUCGUCUAUUCCCCGAACCUAUUACCCAAUUGCAUGCCACCAAUAUAACCGACACCGAAAUCUCCUUGAAAUGGGAUAUACCCAAGGGGGAAUUCAAUGAUUUUGAUGUACAAUAUUUGACAGCCGACAAUAUUCUCGCACAAAACAUAACAACACGCAAUGAAAUCACCAUUGCCGAUUUGAAACCUCAUCGCAACUAUACUUUUACCGUGGUAGUACGUUCCGGUACCGAAUCUUCGGUAUUGCGAAGUAGUUCUCCCCUGUCAGCCAGUUUUAGUACCAAUGAAGCGGUACCUGGCCGCGUAGAAAGAUUCCAUCCCAUAAAUGUGGAACCCAGUGAAAUACUAUUUGAAUGGCUGUUGCCACAGAGUGAAGCUAAUGGUAUUAUACGACAAUUUUCCAUUACCUAUAUGAAUAUCAACAAUGCCACGGAAAGGAAAACUGUAGAUUUCGAUUCAUCCGAAUCGACUGGGUCAAUAAAGAGUUUAAAACCCGGCGAAACGUAUGUCUUUAAAAUACAGGCUAAAACUUCAAUUGGUUAUGGACCGGAAAGAGAAUAUAAACAAACAAUGCCCAUCUUGGCACCACCCAAACCGGCAACCCAAGUUGUGCCCACCGAAGUCUAUCGCAGUUCGUCGACCAUACAAAUACGUUUCCGUAAAAAUUAUUUCUCCGAUCAAAAUGGAGUGGUUCGUAUGUAUACGAUUAUUGUGGCCGAAGAUGACAGUAAAAAUGCCUCAGGUUUAGAAAUGCCCAGCUGGCAUGAUGUUCAAUCGUACAGCGUUUGGUUGCCAUAUCAAGCUGUAGAGCCCUACUAUCCAUUUGAGAACAGUUCGGUUGAGGAUUUCACGAUUGGUACUGAAAACUGUGAUAAUCGCAAGAGUGGCUAUUGUAAUGGACCCCUAAAGUCAGGCACCACUUAUCGUGUAAAAGUUCGAGCUUUCACUGCACCAGAUAAAUUUACCGAUACCGCCUACAGUUUUCCCAUACAAACAGAUCAAGACAAUACUUCAUUGAUUGUUGCUGUUACUGUGCCAUUGACAAUAAUUUUAAUACUACUUGUUACCCUGGUAUUCUAUAAGCGACGUCGAAAUAAUUGCCGUAAAACGACGAAAGAUUCUAGGGCCAAUGACAAUAUGUCACUACCCGAUAGUGUAAUUGAACAAAAUCGUCCAGUGCCGAUUAAAAACUUUGCCGAACACUAUCGCAUGAUGUCGGCCGAUUCUGAUUUCCGUUUCAGUGAGGAAUUCGAUGAACUUAAACAUGUGGGUCGCGACCAGCCCUGUACAUUUGCCGAUUUGCCAUGUAAUCGUCCGAAGAAUCGUUUUACCAACAUUUUGCCCUACGAUCAUUCACGUUUCAAGCUGCAACCAGUUGAUGAUGAUGAGGGUUCAGAUUACAUCAAUGCUAAUUAUGUACCGGGCCAUAAUAGUCCUCGUGAGUUUAUUGUCACCCAGGGACCGUUGCAUUCAACCCGUGACGAUUUCUGGCGUAUGUGUUGGGAAAGUAAUUCUAGGGCAAUUGUCAUGCUCACCAGAUGCUUUGAGAAGGGUCGCGAAAAAUGUGAUCAAUAUUGGCCGAAUGAUACCGUACCAGUAUUCUAUGGAGACAUAAAGGUGCAAAUACUAAACGAUAGUCAUUAUCCAGAUUGGAUUAUGACCGAGUUUAUGGUGUGCAGGGGAAGUGAACAGCGUAUCAUACGUCAUUUCCACUUUACCACUUGGCCCGAUUUCGGUGUGCCAAACCCACCACAAACUCUGGUGCGUUUUGUUAGAGCUUUCCGCGAUCGCAUUGGUACAGAUCAACGGCCCAUUGUUGUGCACUGUAGCGCUGGUGUUGGACGUUCGGGCACAUUUAUAACAUUGGAUCGUAUUUUACAGCAAAUAAAUACAUCUGAUUUUGUUGAUAUCUUUGGUAUUGUUUAUGCCAUGAGAAAAGAACGUGUUUGGAUGGUCCAAACAGAGCAACAAUAUAUUUGCAUCCACCAAUGUCUAUUGGCUGUGUUAGAGGGUAAAGAGAAUAUAAUCUGUCCUCCCCGUGAAAUGCAUGACAAUGAGGGUUAUGAGGGACAAGCAUGUCAAUUUGAUGAAAAUGGUGAAAUUAUUGCCACCAUUGAAGGCCAUAAUGAAAUGCACGAUAUGAUACUGCAACCCGAGGAUGCCGAAGCCAUUGACGAUGAAAAUGCUGGCAUUAUUAACGACGAUCAACAGCCGCUGACCAGUUUUGGUGGUGGGGCUAUACACAGUGCUUCCAUGACAUCCUUUGGCACAUCUGGCCAGGCUUAUGCAAGUGAUUCUUUGGACAGAUGACAUACGGCCAAUCAGAACGAUAACAACAAUUCCGUGGUUAUCGUUCUGGUUGACAAUAAGCCUAGUUCGAUGAUCUGUAAGGAAGGUUCCAUAGAUGUCAUUAGCAUUGGUGGCGGUGGCAAUACGACCACG